CUUCUUGAAGGCCCACUUGUUAAUUCCUUGAAGCCUACACCCACCGCGAAGCCAUGAAGCCUCCCUCCUUCAGACCAUCUCGUUCCGCCACCACCCUCAUCCUCAUCCCUCUGGCCCUGCUAGCUUCCAUCUACCUCUUCCUCUAUCCUCGAGAGUUCGAGCUCCAAUCCCUUGUGACCACCUGCGGUCGCUCCACCUUGGCCAAUUUCACCGGGCCUGUCACCGUGAAGCCCGACUUCCGCCUCCUCAUGGGCAUCCUCACUCGCGCCGACCUCUACGAGCGCCGCCACCUCCUCCGCCUCGUCUACUCCCUCCAGACCAAUCUCACCGCCCACAUCGACAUCCGCUUCGUCUUCUGCAACCUCACCAAGGAGGACCAGCGAGUCCUCAUCCCCCUCGAGAUCAUGCGCUACGACGACAUCAUCAUCCUCAACUGCACCGAGAACAUGAACAGUGGCAAGACCUACACCUACCUCUCUAGCCUCCCGGAGCUAUUCAACGGGACCAAUGGCGAUGGCCGGCCCUACGACUACGUCCUCAAGGCCGACGACGAUAUCUACUUUAGACUCCCAAGUUUAAUCGAGUCAUUGAAGAAGAUGCCGAGAGAGGAUCUCUACUAUGGAUUUGUGAUCCCUUGUGGCAGCAUGGAUCCAUUCCACGACUACAUGUCGGGGAUGGGGUACAUACUGUCGUGGGACUUGGUUGAGUGGAUCUCAACGUCCGAGAUGGUGAGGAACGAGUCGUCCGGCGUUGAGGACUUUCUGACGGGGAAGUGGCUGACGGAUGGAAAACGAGGGAAGAAUAGAUUCAACACAAAGCCGGCCAUGUACGAUUAUCCGAUACCGGUGCCCAUCGACACUUGCUCGCAUGCGUUUGUGCCGGAUACCAUCGCAGUGCACCGGCUGAAGGAUCACUUGAAGUGGGCGAGAACCCUCAAGUACUUUAAUGUCACCGAUGGGUUGAAGCCUUCUAAGUUCUACCAUAUUGAUUAGAUCGAUGUUCUCGCCACUCCUUGUAAUAUCUAUUUCUUGAUUUUUUUCCCCCUUAUUGAUAUGUUAACAUGGUGGAGAGACAAAAAUCCGGCGAACCAGUUGAAAAGAUAGCGUUCCAUGGUUUAUAUUCACGAAUUUUUUUCGUUUGUAAUUUGAUUAAAAUUUUAAUGGCUUAGUCAAGUGUGGACUACAGUUUUCUCUUAAA